GGGAGGGGUGCGGAGGAGGGAGGAGGCGUCUGAACCGUGCAGCCCCGCGCGCCGCGCCAGCCCCAGACAGAGCCUCGCCGCAGCCGCAGCAACAGGCUGCGGGCCGGGCUCGCGGGGCGGAGGCGGCGGUGGGGCGGGGAGCUCGAGGAAGAGCGACUCGGGGCCGGCCGCCGCCUGCAAGGAAGAAGAGCACCGCCGCCUCCCGCGCUCGGCCGCCGCAGCCCUCCACCCGCCACCGCCGCGCCCACCCUGCGCAGGACCCCGCGAGCGGCGGCGCGCGCACCCUGCAGAGCCCCGGCCGCGCCGAGCUGCCGCCAGACAUGACCGUGGUGCCCGGGGACCACCUGCUGGAGCCAGAGGCUGCGGGCGGCGGCGGUGGGGACCCGCCUCAGGGAGGCUGUGCCAGCGGCGGCGGCGGUGGCUGCGACCGCUACGAGCCGCUGCCGCCCGCGCUACCCGCCGCGGGCGAGCAGGAAUGCUGCGGGGAGCGCGUGGUCAUCAACAUCUCGGGGCUGCGCUUCGAGACGCAGCUCAAGACCCUCUGCCAGUUCCCCGAGACGCUGCUGGGCGACCCCAAGCGGCGCAUGCGGUACUUCGACCCGCUCCGCAAUGAGUACUUCUUCGACCGCAACCGCCCCAGCUUCGACGCCAUCCUCUACUACUACCAGUCGGGGGGCCGCAUCCGCCGACCGGUCAAUGUGCCCAUUGAUAUCUUCUCCGAGGAGAUCCGCUUCUAUCAGCUGGGCGAGGAGGCCAUGGAGAAGUUCCGUGAGGACGAGGGCUUCCUGCGGGAGGAGGAGCGGCCCCUGCCCCGCAGAGACUUCCAGCGUCAGGUGUGGCUGCUCUUCGAAUACCCGGAGAGCUCGGGGCCGGCCCGGGGCAUUGCCAUCGUGUCGGUGUUGGUCAUCCUCAUCUCCAUUGUCAUCUUUUGCUUAGAGACCCUGCCUGAGUUCCGAGAUGAGAAAGACUACCCCGCCUCCCCGUCGCAGGACGUGUUCGAGGCCACCAACAACAGCACGUCGGGGACCGCCUCUGGAGCCUCCAGCUUUUCGGACCCCUUCUUCGUGGUGGAAACCCUGUGCAUCAUCUGGUUCUCCUUUGAGCUGCUGGUGCGGUUCUUUGCUUGCCCCAGUAAAGCCACCUUCUCCAGAAAUAUCAUGAACCUGAUAGACAUUGUGGCCAUCAUCCCUUAUUUCAUCACUCUGGGCACUGAACUGGCUGAGCGACAGGGUAAUGGGCAGCAAGCCAUGUCUCUGGCCAUCCUAAGGGUCAUCCGCCUAGUAAGGGUCUUCCGCAUCUUCAAGCUCUCCCGCCACUCUAAGGGGCUGCAGAUCCUGGGGCAGACUCUGAAGGCAUCCAUGCGAGAGCUGGGGCUGCUCAUCUUCUUCCUCUUUAUAGGGGUCAUCCUCUUCUCCAGUGCUGUCUACUUUGCUGAGGCAGACGACCCUUCUUCGGGUUUUAACAGUAUCCCAGAUGCCUUCUGGUGGGCAGUGGUAACCAUGACAACUGUCGGCUAUGGUGAUAUGCACCCAGUGACCAUAGGAGGCAAGAUUGUGGGCUCACUUUGUGCCAUCGCAGGUGUCUUGACCAUUGCAUUGCCAGUUCCUGUGAUUGUUUCCAACUUCAAUUACUUCUACCACCGGGAGACAGAAGGGGAAGAGCAGGCCCAGUAUAUGCAUGUGGGAAGUUGCCAGCACCUCUCCUCUUCAGCCGAGGAGCUCCGAAAAGCCCGGAGUAAUUCCACCCUGAGUAAGUCGGAGUAUAUGGUGAUCGAAGAGGGGGGCAUGAACCACAGCGCUUUCCCCCAGACCCCUUUCAAAACGGGCAACUCCACCGCCACUUGCACCACGAACAAUAAUCCCAACUCGUGUGUCAACAUUAAAAAGAUAUUCACUGAUGUCUAAUAUAUGAUACAGUUGACAGACUGUGCCCAGUAUUGUGUGAACCGUGCCCCCUUGGUCUGUGUAUGCCCUUGAUUUAUACAUUUCCAGACCAUUCAUCAAGGAAAGGCCAUAAAAAAGUAGAAAAGCACACUGCAUUCCCCCUCUCCCUGCCGCUUCAUACUGACACAGGUGCCUGUUCUGCAAGUGGGCUGCGUUCUCUCAGCUCUUUUUUCUUAAUCUCUCUCCUCGUCUUUUAAUUUUGUGACCAACAAACUUACAUUAAGGCUUGAUUUCUAGUCACCCCCCAUGAAAACCCACAUCCUGGGAGGAAACGAAACUUCAGGGGUCGGAGUAACUGUUUAACCUCAAAAUCAAAAGAUAGCUGUCUCUUUACUGAGUAGAGGAGGUGGAACUUAAAUGAUACUCCUUGUUUGGUGAGCCGUUCGUUAGUGUUUAUGAACUGUUUGGUUUAAUUACCCAGCCUCUGAAUAUGUGGACAGAAAGUCUAACUAGAGCGAUGACUUAUAAACCCACCAUGCAUUGACUUUGUUUUUGACCAGUCUUUCCAUUUGAAUCUCUCCUCUAAGAAUUUAAGGCUCACAAUAACUUUGAACCAAAAGGGAAAUGGCCCAAAUGGCCUGAUCUGACUAUUAACUCUUUGGAGUUUGCAAAGCGUUUUGCGAGUAUUAGACACGGAUUCCAGUGAAGUUGUGAGUACGUGCCCCAGCCAACAUCUACAAACGUCUUAGAUGUUUUGAGUGCUCGUUUUCAGUGCUGUCAAGAGCAACAACAAAGAAUCCUAACGCAUGUGAGAGAUAAGCUUCUGCGGUGUCACGAGAAGAUUAAAGUGACAGACACCCCUUCCAGCGGAAGUUACUAAUUCGGACCUGACUGAUGCAGUUCCCAUAGCAACCCAUGUUUCCUGGGAAACCCGAAAAAGGUUGUCAUGGCAUCUUUUGCUCUUUAGCCCCACCCCCCUCAGGCCUUGCCGUUUCCACAGUAACCUUUCCAGAUGGUUCCUACUAACAUGAUUUCAUAAAGAAAAAAAAAUACUAUUUGAAUAAACCGCACAAAUUAAGUGUAAGACGGUAAAGAGGUGAAAUGAAUCAUAAGAUGCUUUUUUAUAUUUUAUAUAAAUCAUUACUGUUAUCCCAUAAUGACUGAAUCAAAAAGGAAAAGAUCAUCUUUGGAAUGUUACACGUAAGCCACAAUAAGUCAGACUCUGAAUUAGAUUUCAGGUUUUUUGGUAACAAAUUUUAAAGAUGCUCCUGCACAGUUCUUUCACCGAGAAAUGACAAGCCGAGAAACGAAGUGACGACAACAAUAUAAACAUGUCCUGUGCAAAAGCAAGUGAAAGUCAGUGUACUCCAAAGUCUUACUACAAGAGACCUUCAGAUUUCCUGUUACAAAAGAAAAAGAAGUCCAUCCGAACCCCACAACAGAACUGUCACCAUUCCAGCACUUGAAAAGCAAAAUUAACCUCCGAUAUAUGAGGGAUGCAGGUUUUAAGGAGCGUAUUAUAGCCAAUGAAAAGGAGGAUGGAUCAGGAAGGAAUCAGACCUUGGAAGAACACCUGCAGAUUUCAGGCACAUGCUGAGGGGUGCCAGCAGACAGGCAGAAUCAGGUCCCUCAAGAGAGCCCCACAUAAGGAACUGCAGAGUGACCCUGACCAGAAGCAUGCUCAGUUUUCACUGCUUGGAUGAGAGCGGAAUGACAGUAACAUAUUUUCAUUUCAGUUAAUAUUCAGAGAUACAUCUCUAACAAAUGCUUCACUUGAAGGAAAGAACUCAGAGCUGUAGGGUACUCUUCAUAUAUUAUGAGUGGUACAAUGAUAUCAAGCAGGAGAGAAAAGAGGAACAUUAAAAGUAAAAAAUAUUAAAAAAAUAAAAUAUUAAGGUAUCUUCUUAACCUGUUGACAUUCUGAUGGAGUCAAGACAUCCCCAAACUACAAUCAGUGUCACAGAUAAAGAUAACCUUCUGUGUGUUUCUAACAAGCCAACUAUUGCUGUUUUUUUUUCAUUCAAGUAUUGAACUGUUUUUAAUUGUGGAACAUGUUCCUAUUGUCUAUGUUCUGGGUUAGGUUUAACUUUAUCAGUGAGUGUGUGACUAUACCAAAGGCUUCCAUUGGUAGACCAUCCCAUUCACACAAAUAAGUGAAGUCAACACUGUGCCCAGAGGAGUGGUAGUAAAGAAACGUGCCUUGCCUGAUGAGACAUUCUUUUAUUUUUUAAUUCAAAAUGAUAGAUUAACAAAUUAGAUUUUAGGUAGGUUUUAGUUGACCUUAACUUUACAAAAAAAUGUAGUAGUUCUUAUUCUGUUUAAGUUGUCUGUGUUAACUAAAAUUACAAUACUUAGUUAUACUUAGGCAUUUAUUAUAUAUCAAGUUCUAUUUUAUUUUCAUGGGAUGUUUGGUACGGUGAGACAAAGUACAUUCUUUAAGAUAUAUAUAAUAUCUCAUCUGAUGUUUAUAACUUUUCCUUCAAAGUUAUAUGUGUAAAAUAUUCUUUGACUCAUUUUCUAUUUUUAUAUUCUUUUAGAAAUGGAACUCUUUUUCAAUUAAAAAGGGGCAAAUUUUUAGUUGGAAAAGAGACUUGGGAGGUCAUAAAGACGGCGUCCCAUUUGGGAACAUUUAACUUCUGUGCCAUUAUUGUAUUUACUGUGACAUCUCAGCAGAAUGGUAGCUAUUUGUAUAUUAUUUCAUAAGCCUUAUGGAAAGUCAAACUGUGAACAUUCAAUAUGUACACUACUUUAUUCACUUGCAUAGUUUAUUGUCAAGAUAUGCCUGAACAAGUGCAUAAAAAGUAAUGAGUACUUUUAGAAGUUUAAUCAAAUGAUGACCUAAAAAUUCAAGUGAUGAAUUUCAUUAAUCAUAAGAAGCUUAGUUAACAGCCACUUACCUAGUAACCCCCAAAUAGGUAGAAACACAAUCCAGGUAACUUUCUUUGAGGCAAUGUCUAAAGUGAAGUUUUAAUAAUCUCCUGGUAAUUUCUUCAUGUCAAAACAUGGAGACCAUAUUGCUAUCAUUUUAAUGAAGAUAAAGGGAUGAUAGCUGUCUUUGCUUUGAGUGAUGUGAGCCUCCAAUAGAAAUGGCCAUGAGUACACUGAGAAUACAGCCACCACCUUGUUUCUGUUAGUGUUCGCUCAUGUUGUAGAGAUACUGGCACUGGGAAUAGUGAGCCCUUUGCAGUCAUCUGACCCCUCAUAACUGAUGGCCACAGCCCCAUUAGCAGUAAAGCAAUCCUGCUGGAUGAAAACAAACCAGGGGUUCUUAAACGUUCAGGUGUUUGUGUAAGGAUCAGUAGGUGUUGCCAAAUUGUGCAAGAAAUACCUUCAUACAAUGACACAUCUUUAAGCAAUGUAAUGUAUGUAAUAGUAUAUCUCUUUUAGAAUUAUAGGCUACAGUUCAAAUAAAGAUAAAAUCUGGAAUUUUGUGCGCACGCGCGCGCACACACAGACACACAGACACACACACACACACACACCAAAGAAGAACUCAGAACAGUGUCAGAUGCAUAACAUACCAAAACAUUUACAUGAUGAGUGGUAAAAAUAGCAUGAGCUUCGAUAACAGGAUACUGGCAUUCUUACCCACUGCCUACCUCUGGGACCCCAGGUAAGUCAUUACCAUUGCUAGACUUUAGUUUCUUGAAUUGUAGAGUGGGCAUGCCAGGUUCAGCAAACUCAAAAGCCCUUUCCCGCUACCAAAUCCUGUUACACACAUCUCUUGAAAAAUGCUUUGAAGAAUACUUACACAGUAGGAUUUUAUAUGCAUUUCUAAAGAAUAAAUUGAAAUAAGAUUUAAGCUUUGAAAGUGCCAUGAAAUAUCUCAUUCUUCAGAUUGUGAGAAGAGGAAAUAGGAUUUCUUCUCCUUUAAGAUCUUUUCACUCAUCUAUAAUAGGAUCAUGAAAAACGGAGGGGUGGGGCAUCCCUCUGUAGAAGGGAAGCAGAUUAAUGAAACAGCUAGCAAGAUGGGGCAGGUAUCGGUAACAUUAAUUGGAUGUUAAGGUGAUUUGCACAGUGUGCAUGAAACCCUGAAAUGGUCCCAGAACUUUACUGCACAUUAGGAGACUAAAGGUAGGAAAAGAUGGGAAAAGACUGGAGAACAGAAGUGUUUGCCUUAUUCUCUCUUUGUUCUUUUUACACACGGGAGCCCAGAUGGGGAUCUUCAUUGCAAUACUGAGUCUGCAGAGCACUCAUUGCCCCAGGAAGUCCUUUCAACUUCUCAGAACUCCAGGUUCUUAAUCUAUAAAGAGUUUAAAUUUGAAUUUAGUAAUCUGCAUAUUUCUUUUCAUCUUUUAACGUCUGCGGCAUUCCAGGUUCUUAAAACAUUUGCAUAAAUACCCAUAUGUGUUGAUCCCCCCAUCGGUCACUAUGAUGCCGUAGAGUUUUCAGGAAACUGGGUAGAUUAUGAACUCAAGACGUGUGUAUUCCUAAUACUGCAAUUUGACCUCGACGAGAACUGAAAAACUUAGACCUCAUUCUCAUUCAGAUCUGGCUAAAUUGUUAAAACUUGUCAUUUCAUCUUUUAAUGUUGAAUUCAUUUCCUAAACAAAUGUCUUUUCAAGUUACUCUCCACAACUCGUUGUAAUUUAAUAAUCAAAUAUUUUGGCAUACCAGUGAACUAUAGCUGACUGUAAGAUACAAUUUUUGUCACAUUUAAAAGUUAAUGCCCUCUUGGUCCCAGAAACUAUAACUAUAAUAUAAAAGAAUAUUCAUAAAUUUUGUGAAUGUUUUUAAUACAAAGGAGGCCCAAUGGAGCCUUACUGUAAUUUGUUUUGCUCAGGAGCAAGAAAAACAUUCAGGGAUACCCAAACACUUCUGUUUGGCAUUAGUGGACAAUUGAGGAAAGAAGGGUUAUAUCUUUUUGCACAACAAAGAUGACAGGUGACGAUGCCCAUUAAAAAUGGGAGUAUUUUCUGGUGACUGACUUUAGUGUAGGAAGAAAUAGGUUAGAAGAACGCCAGAGUCAGACACUAGAAAACGUACUAAAAUGGUAACGGUCCAUUGAAUAACGGAAAUAUUUUUGUCAUACUGAGAUCCUUUGUCCAGAAAGUUAGUCCUAUUUCCUUUCCAUUCAGAAAGGGGCAGGUUUGAGAUGCCUCUGUCAUAAUAGGAAAUGUAUAUUUUGACUAGUGGAGAAAUUAGCUAAAGCAUCUAAUCUGAUCAUUUUAGUUUUGUGAAGCUGAAGUUUCAUCAUAGGUGUAGUUUAGUCCGUGAUCUUGAGGAAUGAUUUCAUUAGUUUUGUUUUUCUUUUUAAGUUGAUAAAAUGUGCUAAGUGGUGAUUCAAGCAUACCGUGUUAAUACUGUAUCUUACAACCAUUUGUGAACAAACCACAGUGUUCCUCUUCUGGUAAAUUGUUUCUAUGGUGUGAUUGUUUCAUGCUGGGGGGUGGGGGUGGGGAGGUUAAGUAUUUAGUUAAAAUGUCAAAGUGUUUUACUUAAAUGCCAUAAAAUUGUAUGACAUUAAACCAAAUAGGAAUAUCCUCUUUUUCAACUGUGAGAGAACUGUAUAGACUACUUUGGGGACUACCCCAUAAAUGCUAUCAUUUGUGGUUUUUUUAAGCUUAUAUAUUAUAGGUGUAACAUACAAUAUAUACCACAUACAAAGGAAAGCAAACAGUGUAUGUAGUGUUUCUUGGAGUCCACAUGUGUUCGUUUACAUAAAUACUUACGCAUUGCAAAGACCAUCAACAUAUUCUAUUUCAUUUCUAAAGCACUGCCCACAUGAAUUACUAAUAGUAUCUAGAGUUUAGAGAUAGAACAGUCAAGGUGUUAAAGAGUCAAGUGACUUACCAUAGACCAUGUGCCCAUAAGUGACUCUAAAUGUCAUUCUCUUUGCACUUGUCAUCCUGGCAUGUGUGUGUUCUCUCUCGCUGCGUUGUAUUUCAAACUUAAACUUCAAAAGAUGUGUUGAAAUUUUAAUGUUGUAGGGAAAAGGAGUCAUUGGGAUUGUGUUAGACCUCCUUAGAUAACUUCCAACCUCUGUCUACCUACUGUAAUACCCAAGGAUUUUAUCAACUAAAACGUAAGUCCCCCCACACAAGUCAUACACCCUCAUAUCCAUUUAAUGCCACCAUGCCAAACAAAAUGGCUCUUCAUCGAUCUCUUUUACUUGAUUUUUUAAAAGCCCAUCAUAACAGCUAAUUUCGGAACAGUUUUUCAAAGCAACUAGAGAAAUUGCAGCUGUUCUGACUCAAAGGGAAAAAAACUAGGCCCCAUAGCAAUCAUUUUUUAGCUUUUAGUUUGUGUAUGACUGGAGAAAACGAGAGAAGGGGGUUGGGAGGGUGUGUAUAUUCUAGAGAAACUAUCCUUUUCAGUAACUAUGUAGAAGUACUGGAUUAUUAAAUCGUAGGUAACAGUUUGUUAACAUUACCCAUAGUUCAAUUACUGGUAAGCUUUCCACUCAUUUAACGAUAUACUUAAGGAUUUUCCCCGCUUACAUUACAACCAAUGACUUCUCAGUUUGAAUAUGAAGAACAGUCAUGUUUCAACCCAUGACUGAUACCCCAUUUUUGUUCCCAAGUAUCAGGUAGCCACUAGUACUGCUUACCCUUGUAAAUCAACAGUCUGUGAUUCAUUCUGUACUUCUCUGUGCAAUGCAUUGUUAACUGUGAAUAGUUAAAGAAAAUGUGUUAUUAUACUGGCAUUUAAUAUUUCCUAACAUUGACUUCAGUUUCCCCAUCGAGUAGGUAAGUCAACCAAGUAUUAUUUUGUAUGAAAUGAGGUAAUAUUUAUUCUUAAUAACAAUGGUAUUCUAACUACAAUGUCAAAUCAAACAUGCAUUUUAUAUUUUUAUAUUCAUUUUCUUUUGACAUUGAGUUAGGUCAAGUUACCAUAUAGUAAUGUAAAGUUAAAUUUUUAUGCCAUGUUCGCUGCUUAAUUUGGGGCCUUUUGUUAAGUAAAUACCUGUGAGUUUUGAUUGUGUGAUAUUUUCUUGUGAUGACUUUUUUAAUUUGUCAUUAGACUAGAAGUGUUUAAUGCAAAUGUUAAAAACAUAAUCCAAUAAAACACCUGGAAAUGU